AUGUUUCCCGGCAAGGCGACGACGCGCUCGGAGCCCGGGCAGCAGGCGUCGUCGGAGAUACCAGACUCAAUCACACCGCGGUUCGUGGCAUCGGACUCGACCACCGCCGUGCGAUAUCCAACGGGCCAACACCCUUGCCAGGGCCUGUAUUGGUGUAUGAAAGACCACGCGCCGUCGGUGGUGUUCAUGCUCAGCCACUACAUCGCCGACUUUUCCGAACAUUAUCUCGCCGUGCCGCUCGCGUUGCGCGGGUACGGGGUGUUGGGCUGGAACACGAGGUUCACGGGGGCGGAGGACCGCUUCGUCCUCGAACAAGCCAUGGACGACCUGGCCGUGGGGACGUCGUGGAUCCGAAACAACACGCCCGCGAAGAAGAUCGUCUUUAUCGGCAAUUCCGGAGGCGGGUCCCUGAUGGCAGCGUUCCAGGCCAAGGCCGAGCGGGAGUCCCUGUCCGCCAUGGGCGCUGAUGCCUUCAUCUUCCUCAACGCGCACCCGGGCCGAGCGGACGUGAUGGCACGCUGGAUCGACCCGUCGGUGGUGGACGAGUCGGAUCCCGUCAAAACAGAUCCGUCGUUGGACAUGUACGCGCCGCAGAACGGACCGCCGUACUCGGCCGAGUUCAUCCAACGAUACCGUGGCGCGCAGGUCGCCCGGAGCGAGAAGAUCACCGAGUGGGCCAAGAAAGAGCUCCGGCGGCUGAACGACGCCGGCGUUCCCGACCGUGUGUUCCCCGUCUAUCGAACCAUGGCCGACCUCCGGUUCAUGGACCCGAACAUCGAGCCCUCCGACCGGCCGUGCCCGGCCUGCUACGCCGGCGACCCCGUCCAGGCGAACCGCGGUAUCAGCAUGAUCGCCCGCGCCAGCACCCUCAAGACCUGGCUGUCCAUGUGGAGCUUGGCCGACUCGCAGGCUCAGUUCGAACUCAGCGGGCCACACUUCACCGUGCCCACGCUGAUCAUCCAAGCGACGGCCGACGUCGGCGUGUAUCCGUCCGACGCUCACAAAAUCUACGACUUGGUCGCCAGCAAGGACAAGGAACUCAAACUGAUUCCAGGCGCCGCGCAUUUCUUCGAGGACAGCCCCAAAUCAUUGGUCACCGCCGUUGGGUACAUUGACGACUGGGUCAAGGAGAAGAUGGUGUCGUCAUAG